GCUUGGUGUUGGCCCAUGCGCAGCAGCUGCGCUCGGUGUGUAAUGGCGGCGGCGAUGUUGAUGUCCGACUGUCAGCUCGGCGUCGUGGGCGGCAGCAGAUUAAACGGAUUUGAUGGCGGAGGGGGUAACGGCCACAAUCACAACGGCCCCGCGUCGGGCCACGUCCCUUGGAACAGGAGUUUGGAGAGGGCCUUGGAGGAAGCUGCCGCGACCGGAGUGUUGAACCUGAGCGGGAGGAAGCUGAAGGAGUUGCCGAGGAGCGCGGUGAACCAGGACCUGACGGACACCACGCAGGCGGAUCUAUCCAAGAACCGAUUAGUGGAGAUUCCAGCUGAAGUUUGUUACUUUGUGUCAUUGGAGAGCCUUAAUCUCUAUCAGAACUGUAUACGAAGUAUACCAGAAGCCAUUUUAAAUCUACAGUCGUUAACAUUUUUAAACAUCAGUCGCAACCAACUUGCAACAUUACCUGCGCACAUCUGUAAUCUUCCUUUAAAAGUUCUGAUUGCAAGUAACAACAAAUUAAUAUCAUUGCCCGAGGAGAUGGGAUUAUUACGGCAAUUAACAGAACUUGAUGUCAGCUGCAAUGAGAUACACACAUUACCGCCACAGAUCGGAAACCUGGAGAUUUUAAGAGACCUGAACUUAAGGAGAAAUCACUUAGUAACUCUACCAGAUGAAAUUGCAGAUUUACCACUAGUACGAUUAGACAUCUCCUGCAAUAAAGUGACAACAAUUCCAGUCUGUUAUAGAAAUUUGCGACAUCUUCAAACAAUUAUAUUAGAUAAUAAUCCUCUACAGUCUCCACCUGCACAGAUUUGUAUAAAGGGGAAAAUCCAUAUUUUCAAAUACCUGAAUAUUGAAGCGUGUAAGAGUGUUCCGGAUCUGCCAGAAUAUGACAGAACGAGGCCAGUUGGUUUCAACCCAUGUCAGGAAGAGUAUUUCUCAGGCCGUCCAUACGGAGCAUUGGACUCUGGCUUUAACAGCGUUGACAGUGGAGAUAAGAGGUGGUCAGGGAAUGAGCCUGCUGAUGAAUUUACUGAUCUUCCACAAAGAAUGGUUGAAAUUUCAAAGGAGCAGCGGCUGCGAAGAGAGGGUCAGCAUCAUGAACAUCGACCCAUGCCAAAUGGCAUAGUUGAACAUGAUCUAGAACAGAUUGAUUACAUUGAUAGCUGUGCCACAGAGGAAGAGGAUGAGGAAGUGCGAAUGUCAAAGCGUCCUGGUUCCACCAGCCUCAGCUCACAAUUUAUGGCAUAUAUAGAAAAGAGACGUAUUAACCAUGAGGGUUCUCCAGUGAAAUCAAAGCUUACUGGAGAUUCUCAAAGAUCGGAGAAUGGGAGCAGCUGGAUCCAACAGAAUCCUACACAGACUAGUGAAUUUUCAGAAGCUGGCUUGCUCUCAAACGUUUCGCCUACUGGUCAAAAUGUGACUUCUCAUGCUGGAUGCACAGAGUUUGAGUUGCAGAGAAGGCGUGAGCAACUACUGGUGGAACGGACCAGGAGAGAGGCACAAAUUGCAGCUGAACAAUAUGAAGAGGAGCGAAUCCACACCAAACAAAUACAAAAAGAAGCAGCCCUUGACUUUGUGAGACUCCCCAAACAUUUUCCUAUCAGACGGUGUCAGCACACAGAUGAUAGCGCCUUAUUAGUGAAUGGCUUUGAACCACACUUCUUCUUUGAGAUUGACAAUAACACCAAUACCAUUAAACGGAGGCCUGGCUCUCACAGCAAGAAUGAAGACAAAACACCCGUGUCACCAAGUGCCUCUACUGCCCAGUCACCUAUACCAAUGGUCCAGCCUGGUCCUCCUUUUCCUGGCUCUUCUGCCCACUCUAACAAACAGCCCACACAAGCGUACCGACCUGAGAGCUUCCUCAUGAGAGCGACCAUGCGUGAUGAAAUGAAGAAAGAUGGGAAUUUUACUGCCUCUCCCUCUGGAGACAUUGGCCAGGAUUCUGAAAUCCCAAUGAUACUGCAGAAGCAAAAGCAAUAUGAGGAUGAACAGAGAGUAAAGCAGCAGCUAAGGAAGAACAUUGAAACACGGUUAAAGGUUUUGCUCCCAAGUGAUCUUGGAACAGCACUCACAGAUGGUGUUGUCCUCUGCCAUCUGGUUAAUCAUGUGAGACCACGGUCAGUCCCGAGUAUACAUGUCCCAUCUCCAGCAGUGCCCAAACUGACAAUGGCAAAAUGCAGACGAAAUGUGGAGAAUUUCUUAGAGGCGUGUAAGAAAAUAGGUGUACCACAGGAUCGAUUGUGCCUGCCCCUUCACAUUCUAGAAGAGAAAGGACUGGCACAGGUAGCCGUGACUAUAGAAACUCUGCUUGAGCUGGCCCCUACCAAACAGCACCAUUAAUCAACACUCUAGAGACUGCAAGUGAUGGGCAUCAUACCCAAGAAAUACUUUUGCAACAUAAUCACGUUGGUCUGCAUGGUGAUCAUAUUUAUCACAUUUUUAGCAUCUGCAAGAUGACUUUCUGCCUUGUCAGCUCUAGCAACCAGUUGCUAAACGUGACCUUUUUGAUCCUUUCAUUCUGUUACUUUUCCAGAAAGGCAGCACUCCAUUUGUUUUCUAGCUUGGGCACUGUGAUCCACGUGGUUUUCAUAGUGGCAUUCAAGCCGCUGAGAAAUUGCAGAGAAGUCUGAUCAACAGCUCAAGGAACUAAAACAAAAAAACAUAACCCUCAUUAACUUUACCUCACGUGGCCAGAUUAUGCAUUGGACUUUUAAUUUUCUUUGUGUGGUGGCCAGUAAGAUAGAAUUUGAUAAGAACAGUCAGGACAAUCUGAACAUAUAUUGGAAUAAGAAAUUCACAUUAAAGUUGCACUUCAUAUAAUAUUAGUUUGAUUCCAAGUUCUAAAUAGGAAUAAGCAAUUCACAACAGCUGCAGAGCUUCACAAGGUGUGGUCAGGAUAUUAUUUAAAAAUUGCAUAUCCCUUGUCUAGUAAUAAAUACUGAGAAACCACAGAAUUAAUUGACUUUCCACUCAGUUUUGUUUGUAUAGAAAUGGUAUGUUUCAUCAGUAGUUGAACUCCAUGAAAUACUAUAAAGAUUCCUAUAAGGGAAUGUUAUAUGGUGUUUUUAGAAAUCCAUUUCUAGAAACAAUGCACCGACUACUCUUACGUGGAUCAGUACAGUAUGAAUUAUUUCACGUUUUCUUAGUCCAUAUAUUUUGAAGCAUCGAUAUGAUUAUACAUAAAUAUUGCUUUUGUUGCCUUCAUGUGUACAUUUAUUCUGAUCUAACUAAAUAGUUUUUGGAAUUAAUUUUUCAUAGUUAGAUUUUGCUUAUAGUGUAUACAUUUGUAUUUAUUCAUAGCACGCAAGUAUGAUAAAACAACCACUAAAUAACCUGGUUGCUCAGCUGUAUUUGAGUGAUGUAGUGAAAUGCACUUUACCAUGAAGUGACAUUGAUGAUGACUUCAGUCAGCUUCAUGACGCCAGAAAGAAAUCUGUAGUGUAGGCUUUCUAUAUGACUUUUAGUACCUUCCACUACAUUUUUGUUCAUUUAUGUAUCUAGUUUUUUUUUUUAAAUAUGGUUUUAACUAAAUAUACAGUGAGAAAUAGUGAUAUGCAGACUUCACAUCAUUUUCAUAGGAGCACUUAUCCAUUCUUUUAAGGUAAUUAGUUGUGAUUUUGACUUGAAAGGCUAUUAUGUGGAAUAGAUUGGAUCCACUUUUUCUUAUGGUGUCAUCUUUAAACUUCACACAUGCAAUAAUCGUAAACAUAAAAUUUUAAGAGUGAGAUGCCCUGUAUCCCAUCCUCAAACAAUUAGAAUUAUUGCACCAAACCUUUUUGUUAUUUGUAUCAAAGUGAUUGAUUUUAAUUUUUCAAUAUAUUUUACAUCACAGUUGGGCAAUAGAAGGGAGUUCAUUUUUUUAUUCAUGACCUAAACAGAUGGAGUUUUGCCUGCACUUUUCUUUGCCUAACUGAAUUCCAUGUUUUCUUGUCUAUUUUAUAUUAAACAUCACACUCUGUUGAAGUAUAGGUUUGUUUCAAAUGAUGUAUUAAUUUUAAGCUAUACAAUAAGAUUGUAUUAUCAAAUGCUGAUCACUUGUGCUUUCUUUUCCAUAAAUGUUAUUCCAAGUCUGCUAACGUAUCUAUUUGACUUGGCAGAAGCCUAUUGACCUUUUGAAAGUUACUUGACUAAGGUUGGAAACUGUCGGGGGCUAGAUUAAAAUUGUUCACGUUAAUUAUGAAGGGUAUUCAACAGGACAAGCACAAAAUAAUAUUUGUCAGACAUAUUUCUCCUCUGCAGAACUUGCUGGGCAAAAAGAUAUAUCAUUGUUAUACUUCUAUUCUUGAAAUUCAAGGUGAUUUAGAAAAAAAACAAAUAACAUUGCAUUGUAUCAGUAAUCCUUUGUUUGAUCUCUACACAGAUACACAAUAUAUUUAAGAACUGACUAAAGAUUUAUCAUUAUUUUCACAUGUUUUUUUUAAUUGGUGGAGACUGAGGGAUAAGGAAAGGAAUUAAGGUGAAGAUAUCUUAUAAAAUUAAUCUUUGAUUGGUGCCCAUCAUAGGAUAAUCUUACAUAGGAAACUAAAUUAUUUGCUCUGAUUAUACUGUAAUAAAUUUGAGUCAAUGGGAUUGGGGAAAGGAGGUAGUGCAUAUGAAACCAGGUGUGGGUAGAGGGUAAUUAAUUAUUUAAAGGAAAUAAUAUUUUGCACAUUUAAAAAUAAUUAGCAACAUUGUGCUGUUGAAUAGCAAUGUUGCAGCAACACGGUGUGAAUACACAGAGUUAUGUGCUUCUGACCAGUGGAAGUAAUCAUAUCUAAGCAACCUCUAGCAAGUAAAUUAACCAUUUAUUUUGAUUUCUUACUGGGAUUUUCAACAAUUACAUAAUACUUUGUUCUACUUUUAGAUGUAUUACCUUCUGCUGAGGAAGUUGCACCAAACUUUGGCAGUGGGCUAUAGUCUGGACCUUGAAAUGAGACAGGUUUGGUGCUGUUUCUCAGUGUGCUAAAAUAUAAACCUGAAUAGCAUUAACGAAAAGAUUAUAAAGUUUAUUUUUUUUUAAAGUGAGUGCAGGGGAGAAGUUUGUUAUAUUCAUUAGUUCUGGCAGUGUAUUCAAUAUUUCAUUGUUGCUUUAAAACCAGAAUUCAUAUUCCCGGUAAAGCACCUAAAUUUGGGUUGUGAGUGACCCAGUAUAGAAUCUAGUGAAUUGGGACCUCAUCUUAUCAUUCCUUGAGUUAAAUAUUUGAAAAAAGUACAAUAGUACUGGUUUAUAGGUACAUCCCAUUACAUGUCUUUCCCAUUCCUGGGCAAAUGAAAGUUUAAAAAUCUUUCCUGCUAAAGUUUUCAGAGGACCUUUGUAUCAUGACCUGUCUUGAUCAAGGUUUUAAAAUACAUAUUAGCUCACAUUAUGUCCCAGCAAAGUGAUCUUGACUGUGGGGACAAAUACUAUUUCAUCAGGUCAUUGACCUGAACAUUUUUAUUUUCAAAUAUUACCUGACUUGGUGACCAUUUCUAGCAUUUGUAUUUUUAUUUCAGAUUUCCAGCAUUCAUAGUAUUUUCCCCUAGUGAUCUUGUAUGUUUGUCAUUCUGUUUAGUUUACAGAUCAGCGUGCUUAAAAUGCAUUUAUCUAAUGGAGAUUAUGAAUAUUUCAUAAAGUUAAUACUUUUUGAAAAUAAAGGAAUGACUAAUAUAAAAUUAAAUAAUACUGCAUUGCUUAGGUUGAUCUCCAUACUGCACUAUCAUUAUGUGGAUCAGAUGGAAUGCUUAAUGUACUUAAUUGUAUUCCAGUUUCUAAGUAAAUCUACUGUAUCUUGUUGCUCCUGUCUACUCAAGGCAAUUGCAAAAGUCCUUAUAUCUGAAUAUCUUUUCAUGCAUUUUCAGUGUGUUAGCAAAUUUUAAGCUUUUCUAAAUCUAACUCUCUACUGCAUUUUACAGGGUGCAAUUUUUUCCUAAUCUGAGUUUUUUGUGCUACUCUCUGGAAAUAGUGAAAUAACUAAUUAACGCAUUCCGCAGAAAUAUGAUGUUAUAUCACUGAAUAAUUGCACUGACUCAUGAAAGUUAGCUUGAGUUGGAACCUCUUUUGUACCAGAAAUAAACUGAGAUGCAUCAAGUAAUGUUGACAUACAGUGCCCUCCAUAAUGUUUGGGCCAAAGACCCAUCAUUUAUGUAUAUACCACUGUACUCCACAAUAGAGAUUUGUAAUUGAAAAAAAACACAUGUGGUUAAAGUGUACAUUGUCACAUUUUAAUAAAUGCCAUUUUUAUACAUUUUGGUUUCACCAUGUUGAAAUUACAGCAGUGUGUAUACAUAGUUCCCCCAUUUCAGGGUACCACACAGCACUGUCAUGUAAAUGAAAGUAGUCAUGUUUAGUAUUGUGUUGAAUAUCCUUUGCAUGCAAUGACUGCUUGAAGUCUGCGAUUCAUGGACAUCACCAGUUGCUGGGGGUCUUCUCUGGUGAAGCUCUGCCAGGCCUGUAUUGCAGCCAUCUUUAACUUAUGCUUGUUUUGGGGGCUAGUCCCCUUCAGUUUUCUCUUCAGCGUUUAAAAAGGCAUGAUCAAUUGGGUUCAGAUCGAGUGAUUGACAGCCACUCAAGAAUUGACCAUUUUUUAGCUUUGAAAAACUCCAUUGUUGCUUUAGCAGUAUGUUUGGGAUCAUUGUCUUGCUGUAGAAUGAACAAGCCAGCCAAUGUGUUUUGAGGAAUUUGAACUUGGGCAGAUAGGGUGUGUCUAUACACUUCAGAAUUCAUUAUGCUACUACCAUCAGCAGUUGUAUCAUCAAUGAAGAUGUGAGCCAGUACCUUCAGCAGCCAUCCAUGCCCAGGCCAUAACAGAUGAGGUGGUAUGACAAUAGGUGCAGAAGUAGGCCAUUCGGCCCUUCGAGCCAGCACCGCACUUCAAUAUGAUCAUGGCUGAUCAUCCACAAUCGGUACCCCGUUCCUGCCCUCUUGCCAAUAUCGCCUGACUCUGCUAGCUAUAAGAGCUCAAUCAAACUAUCUUGAAAGCAUCCAGAGAAUUGGCCUCCACUGCCUUCUGAGGCAGAGAAUUCCACAGAUUCACAACUCUCUGGGUGAAAAAGUUUUUCCUCAUCUCUGUUCUAAAUGGCCUACCCCUAAUUCUUAAACUGAGGCGCCUGGUUCUGGAUUCCCCAAACAUCGGGAACAUGUUUCCUGCCUCUAGCGUGUCCAAUCCCUUGGUAAUCUUAUAUGUUUCAAUAAGAGCUCCUCUCAUCCUUCUAAAUUCCAGAGUAUACAAGCCCAGCUGCUCCAUUUUAUCAACAUAUGACAGUCCAGCCAUCCCGGGAAUUAACCUUGUGAACCUAUCCUGCACUCCCUCAAUAGCAAGAAUGUCCUUCCUCAAAUUUGGAGACCAAAACUGCACACAAUACUCCAGGUGUGGUCUCACUAGGGCCCUGUACAACUGCUCGUAUACUCAACUCCUUUUGUUAUGAAAGCCAAUAUGCCAUUAACUUUCUUCACUGCCUAUUGUACCUACAUGCUUAGUUUCAGUGACUGAUGAACAAGGACCCCUUUUCCUAACUUGACACCAUUCAGAUAAUAAUCUGCUUUUCUGUUUUUGCCACCAAAGUGGAUAAUGUCACAUUUAUCCACAUUAAACUUCAUCUGCCAUGCAUCUGUUCACUCCCUAACCUGUCCAAGUCACCCUGCAUUCUCACAGCAUCCUCCUCACGGUUCACACUGCCACCCAGCUUUGUGUCAUCAGCAAAUUUGCUAAUGUUACUUUUAAUCCGUUCAUCUAAAUCAUUAAUGUAUAUUGUAAAUAGCUGCGGACCCAGCACCGAGCCUUGCGGUACCCCACUAGUCACUGCCUGCCAUUCUGAAAGAGACCUGUAAAAUCCCUACUCUUUGUUUCCUGUCUGCCAACCAAUUUUCUAUCUAUGUCAGUAUCCUAUCCUCAAUAACAUGUGCUCUAAUUUUGCCCACUAAUCUCCUAUGUAGGACCUUGUCUAAUGCUUUCAGGUACACUACAUCCAUUGGCUCUCCCUUGUCCAUUUUCCUAGUUACAUCCUCAAAAAAUUCCAGAAGCUUUGGAUCUUGGGCAGUUCCUUCUCUCCUCCAUAAUUUUCUCUUGCCAUCACUCAGAUAUGUUAAUCUUCAUCUCAUCUGUCCACAAGGCAAACUGUAACCUGGC